CGUUUUGUCAUCUGUAUCACAAAAAGUCUUCGGAAAGGAAACACGACAGCUGUUGAUAUCUCAUAUUGUUGUUGAUUUAAAAGCUAGAAGUAAAAUGGAGUAGAAGACAGAACAAUGAUUGAGGUGUCUGCCAUUUUACCCCGGGGGUCGGUCUACUUAGCUGGAGAGAUUGUCAAAUGUGUCAUAACCUUCACAAAUGUAGCAGCUCAUGAAGAAACACAAAAUGGGAGUGAGUGUUUGGCAUGGGCCAGUGUCCAGAUCCACUGUCAAUGCUCGGUCAGCGAGACCAGGGUCCAUCUGAUACGGUCGGAGCGGAUGUCCACCGAAGAGGUAUCCACCACGGGCUGUGAUACCUCCUUCGUACCAAGCAAAGGUGAGAGGGGAUUGACCGUGCUGGCGUCAACGCCUCGGAUAUUAUUUUGUGAUCUCAGACUAGCAGCCGGAGAAUCAAAAUCAUAUACUUUCGAGGACACAAUUCCUUCAGAUGCCCCUCCCUCUUAUAGGGGUCAAGCUGUUAAAUACUCAUAUAAGCUGACCAUUGGUACCCAGAAGUUUGACCACCCAACCAAGCUGCUGCGAAUUCCUUUCAGAGUCCUUGUGCUUCAUGGGCUGAAUGACAUCAGUGUGUACACAGAGGGUGAAGAAGUAACUCCGUCCAACCCUUUCCUGAAGCCACAACAGACAGAGAACUCACUUCUAGAUAUUGCGCUGCAGGUUCUGGCUACUAUAACUGCCAGAAAGUCUCCACAUUCAUACAAUAUAACUAAUGCCAAAGGAAAAGUGGCAAAGUUCAUUUUAUUCAAACAAGCCUACAAAUUAGGCGAGGAUAUUGUGGGAGCUUUUGACUUUACUGAUGGGACGGUCUCCUGUGUUCAGUUUUCAGUAACACUUCAGAAUGAGGAGCAGAUAUCUGAGGAAUGUCGACGAAAGCCAAGUCAGGGUACAGCUGUGACAUCAUUUGUGAAGCACCAAGAAAUGUGUCUACACACAGAGAAGACCCACAUCAACAUCCCAGUACCUCUCACGGCUACCCCAGCCUUCAUUACUGACAUAGUGUGUUUGAGAUGGCGUUUACACUUCGAGUUUGUCACAUCCUGUGUUCCCAUUCCGGAGUCGGAGCGGCCCAGCAAUCCUGAUGAAAGUGCUUCCUGGAGAGGUCCUCCGACACUGAACGUCGAAACAAUGGUCUGGGACUUACCGAUCAAAAUAUUUCCUGCCAAUCCACUUCAUGCAUCUAGUGUUACAUGUACAAAAUCACUAUCAAAUGUACAGAUAUAGUUGGGACUACUAUUGUAAUUUGUAUGCAAAAUUUUGAACUUAGUAUUUGUUUUUAAAGUAAAAAAUGAAAUACCUUCACAUUUUUCAAUGACAGGAAUCUGGAUAUAGGAAAGUUUUUAUUGUAGUAUUUUUAAAGCCAAAUGGAAGAGGCCCCCCCCCCACUUAAUAGGGAAAUAUAGCCAGUAUGGGAAUUACAAAAACUGGCCCUCAACUAAAGUCUUAAUAUUGUUGCUUUUGAAUGCUAAUUAAAUUGCAUUUACAAAAAAAUCAAGGCCAGUAUAUGUAUACAUGUGGAUCAUGGAAGAAGUUAGUUGAAGACAUUGUGGAUGUGUGCAAUAUUGUACUUCCUUUUGACUUGCAUUCCGAGGUUGGAUUACAUCUUGGUAAAAUACUGGUAACUGAGUUUUAAAGUUUGAACAAAUGGACAGUUGGAAUGAACUCCUAACUGAUUGUGUAUUGCACUAUCAAUAUUUUUUAGCUUAAUAUACAUGACAUGAAAUGUUAUUUAAUUUUUGUUGCUACUUGUACUCAAAAGAAAAAUUGCAUUAUUUUGCUUUAAAUUCAAAGUGAUUGAUUAUAUUUUGAUGUAUGAUACCUAUGAUUCCUGUGUAACAUGUCUAAGUAAAACCAUGAAUAAUUUGGAAAACUAUAUCCUAUUAGUUUCUAUGCAAAAUGAACAGGUGUAGGACCUUUUGGCUGUUUUCUAAUGAAUAACAUUUAUGGCCGUUAGUGGACUUUGUUAAGGUAAGAAAUUGAUAUGGAGUUUCCUUCAAAGUUAUUCUGCAUUAUCAAACAAAUGCCACAUAUUUUAUGAAUUGAAAGUAUCGGUGAAUAUGUAUGGUAAAUCUGUUUUUAAAAUGAUGAAUCUGAUAUAAAAUUGCACUUAAACUGUGUUGUAAAACAUGAACAAAAGUUUAGAGAUUAUUACUCUUUCAACCCUAUGUAACUUUAGUAGACUCUACCAUGCAUUGAUCUGGAUGAGUCCAUUAUGGUCUACAGUGGUGAAAGGGUUAAGGAUGUAAGUACAAUUUUGAGCUAUAAUAUGGAACCAUUAGUAAGAAAUUACAGUAUUUGUUCCUACACAGAUUUAAUGUAAAUAAGAGGUUUGCUGUGUGACAAGUUCCUACAAUGGGAAGUGUUUUUGGUUUGACAGUUAUGAUACAAUUGUAUAUGUGUUCACUGUUUAAUUCAGAGUGGAUUGAUUGAACAUAAUAGAAUAAUAGAUAAAAUAAUAGACUCAUAGAUCUGCGAUGGACAAGAAUGAUCAUUUUCGCUGAAAAUCUGUGUUCAUAGAUAAAAGGAAUGAGAAAAGUUGCUUUUUAAAGGAUUUUUUCCCCGUCAAGUUUAUAGAUAUCCAAUGGAAUGGCAACUUUUUGGGAAUUCUUUUAUGAUAUACAUCUAAGUUCAUUCUCUUCCUAUCGAUAUAUAGAAUAUAUUCCUAUAUUCCAAUUAUAGAAGUUUCAAUUUCUUCCUUCGUUCUCCAUCAUGGUGCUAGACAGUGUGAUAGUUAUUUGAGUAAUGUACAUUGUAAUCAUGAAUAGAGGACCACCUCAGAUACUUUAAUGCUUCAUUUUGGUAUAUUCUUCGUUAGGGAAGUGGAAUGCCAUUGAAGCAGCCAUUUUUAUAUAUGUACAUGUAUACAUAUUUUGUACAUAGAGUUACACAGUACAUUUGUUACAUGUUCAUGGUUUAUCCUUUAUAAGUAGUUGGCCUUAGGGUACAGUUAAAACCUAUGUAUGUACAUCAGAGGCCAUAAUGUAGGAUGUAUGUAUAUUUGUUUUGAGUAAAUGGCCAUCAAUAUUUUAAAUGUAUAUGCUAUAUGAUAAUUUGUACAGUGUAUAUACAUGGAAGGAGAAAUGGUAUGACAUAUUCUUUGCUGCUUUGUAGUCUCCCAUCGAUAGUCAUGAAGGUUUACACUCUGUCUUUAGACAAUCUUCUCUAUUUCUUGUCAUGUACUAUUCCAUUUACCAAAUUUGGUAUUCAUGUUCUUACUAAAAUAGUGAAGUUUCACAUACAGUAAAAAGGUUGCUGUAACACAUAUUUAGACCUCCGACCUCAGUCAUUAACUCAUUCACCCCUAAAGACAUAUUUGAAUGCUUACAAUGCAAAAGUUGGAAUAGUUCAUUAUGAAAGUUCAGGGGUGAAUGAGUUAAACCUGUUGGUUUGGGGUGUGUGUAUACUAUUUCACAUAGAGCUACCAAAUGUGACAUGCAGGUACCUCUCGAGGGGGCAGAAUGUUUCAUACUUAAAGUAGGUCAAUAUGACCUAUUUUUUGACAUCUAGCAUUAUCAUUGAAACAGGAAUGUCAGUCACUGCAACCUACCUACAUGUAUGACUCGAAUCAUAAAAACAAAUUUGUCCAUAUUACAAUCAUCACUUUGUUUGCAGCAAAACAAUUGAGUAUUUAUAAAUUUAAAAUGUCUUUAAUGUACUUCAAUAUGUGUAUCAGCAUUGUUGGCAAAUUAGGAGUCAUGGAUUGACAAAGGGACCAGUCGGUCUUGAAACGUUGCGACAUAUUGAAUAGAUACAUUGUUUGUGUAGAAAGCAAAACUUUGAUUUUAUAAGCACUGUAUCUUUCUUUCCAACUCAGAUGACCCUGAGAAAUAAAGGAUUGUGUACAGUUUGGCAAAUAACAAAAUUGAUAUUGGUGGGGGACUAUGGGUUUCCUCACAAUACAUUGCCUUGUAAAUAAUAAAUGAUCACUCACUUGUU